AUGCUUCCUGGAUUCGUUGCUGCGAGGAGAAAGAUAUCAACUUGGCCCCCUUUCUCUCAGAGAUUAAAACAAACAGAAAAUGAAAUUGUUCGAAUGUUCCGCUUGCCUGAUUCCCAAGAAGAAAACGAUAGCCUUCCCGUGAAAGGUGGGAGAGUAUUUUGGAAGGACCCUAAUGCUAGAACAUUGGAUGAAAGAUUCAUUAGGAUUUUGAAAAUAUUUAAAUGGGGACCUGAUGCAGAAAAGGCGUUGGAAGUGUUGAAGCUUAAGCUUGAUAUUCGUUUGGUUCGCGAGGUUUUAAAGAUAGAUGUUGAGGUUAAUGUGAAGAUUCAGUUUUUUAAAUGGGCUGGGAAGAAAAGGAAUUUCGAACACGAUUCAACGACUUAUAUGGCUUUGAUACGAUGCUUAGAUGAAAAUAGGUUGGUUGGUGAACUGUGGAGGACAAUACAAGAGAUGGUUAAGAGUCCGUGCGCAAUUGGUCCUUCUGAAUUGUCUGAAAUUGUGAAAAUAUUGGGUAGGGUUAAGAUGGUUAACAAGGCGUUAUCUGUUUUUUAUCAGGUUAAGGGUCGCAAGUGCAGGCCUACAUCGAGUACUUACAACUCCGUCAUCUUGAUGCUGAUGCAAGAGGGGCAUCAUGAGAAAGUUCAUGAGCUGUAUAACGAAAUGUGCAGUGAGGGUUAUUGUUUCCCUGAUACAUUUACAUAUAGUGCACUAAUAUCAGUGUUUGCAAAGCUAAAUCGCGAUGAUUCUGCCGUUAGAUUAUUUGAUGAGAUGAAGUGUAAUGGAUUACAGCCAACAGAAAAAAUUUAUACAACUUUAAUGGGAAUAUACUUUAAGUUGGGUCGGGUUGAGGAAGCAUUGAACCUAGUCCACGAGAUGAGAAUGCGGCGUUGUGCCCCAACUGUCUUUACUUAUACAGAAUUGAUAAGGGGGCUGGGGAAAUCUGGGAGGGUUGAAGAUGCGUACGGAGUAUAUAAGAAUAUGCUGAAAGAUGGUUGCAGACCCGAUGUUGUUCUGAUGAAUAAUUUGAUUAACAUUUUCGGUAGAUCAAAUCGCUUAAAAGAUGCUAUUGAGCUUUUCAAUGAAAUGAAAUUACUUAAUUGCACGCCUAAUGUCGUGACAUACAAUACCAUUAUCAAAUCAUUAUUUGAGGCCAAAGCUCCAUCGGCUGAGGCUUCUUCAUGGUUAGAGAGAAUGAAAAAAGAUGGAGUAGUUCCCAGCUCAUUUACAUAUUCAAUUCUCAUUGACGGUUUCUGCAAAACAAAUCGUGUUGAGAAAGCUUUGUUGCUUCUUGAGGAGAUGGAUGAAAAAGGCUUUCCACCUUGUCCCGCUGCAUACUGCAGCCUAAUCAAUAGCCUCGGCAAAGCGAAACGCUACGAGGCUGCAAAUGAGCUUUUCCAGGAAUUGAAAGAGAACUGCGGAAGUUCGAGCGCUCGCGUGUAUGCUGUCAUGAUUAAACAUUUUGGAAAAUGCGGGCGACUCAAUGAAGCUAUCGGUCUUUUCAACGAGAUGAAAAAACUCGGAUGCAUCCCUGAUGUUUAUGCUUAUAAUGCUCUCAUGACGGGGAUGGUAAGGGCUGAGAUGAUGGAUGAAGCUUUUUCCUUGUUUAGAACUAUGGAAGAAAAUGGUUGCACACCAGAUAUAAACUCACAUAACAUCAUCCUAAAUGGCUUGGCUAGGACUGGUGGCCCGAAACGCGCUAUGGAAAUGUUCGAGAAAAUGAAGAGUUCUACUAUUAAACCAGAUGCGGUUUCUUACAACACCGUUCUUGGCUGCUUUAGUCGUGCAGGUCUAUUCGAAGAGGCUGCAAAGCUUAUGAAAGAAAUGAAUUCAAAAGGAUUACAAUAUGAUUUAAUCACCUACUCUUCAAUACUUGAGGCUGUUGGUAAGGUUGAUGAAGAUUACAAUAUGGUAUAG